AUGAGCCUGGUAAAUAGUAGACAGUAUAGGAUUAUGAGGUUUGUGCCGAGGAUCUGCAGGCAGUACCGGCAAUUCUCACAAGGUAGGAGGAAGUCUGGUGCUGUAUUGAAAGAAAAGGAAAACACAGAGGUAAAGUUACAGGACAAUACUACUGCUUUGAAUGGUGUAGUUAAUGACGCUGAUCUAUUAGAACCAUCUGGUGGAGAUAAGACAAGUGAAACGAAAUGGAAACGGGAACUGAAAAAGGAUAUCUCGUCAGCAAAGAAACCUACGACACUUGUGCCGAGCGUCUCAUCGACUGAUCAUUUAACUGAUCAAGAGAUUCAUUUAGAGGGGUUAUUUGCCGGUUCAAAGCCAUUAUUCCUGGGGAAGCUAGCAAGUAUGAAGUCUAUGCCUAGUUUCUUCGACAACGGUGUAUUACUAUCGAAAAAUUUUAGAGUCAUCAAUGCUUCCGAUGAUGGCGGCGAGAAAAGCUUGGAUGAGUUUUUGGAAUCGGUGAAGGAUAACGACUGGAAUAUUGAUAAUAGUGAACAGAAGAAGGUAAUACCUUGGCAGGCAUCCAUUAGUGGUAUUGAAUACGAGGACAAAUCUUUCUCAAAUAUACCUAAGCAUGUGCUCAGUAAAUUAAGACCCUAUAAGCUGAUCAAACUGAAGAUGCCAAAAAUAGUAAAUAAGCAAAGGAGAGCAUCGAUGAUAAAGAAUCUCAAAUUUCAUAAUAAUAAGGUUAACGACGAAUUGCAUCUGGUAGACAUAUUUGGUAAACCACAUGAACGAGAUAUUGCCAAACAUCAGUUGGGUGCGGCAUCGGCCGAACUGGAUAGCAACAUGUCCAAAGAGCAAAUAUCAGCUAAAAGGGAACACUUCAAGGAGUUGAUGUAUUAUUAUCAUAGAUACGGUUUUAUAAAGAGCGAUUGUGACCAAUAUAAAACAUAUGUUGACAAACAGUCAAAAUUGGCACAGAAGGAGUUCCAAAAAGUUACAGGUUUAGUCAUUAAGCCAGGUAGAAGCGAUUUUUGUUUGCCUUUACAUCUGUAUGUCAAUAAGAGACAGAACUCAAAAAUACUAUUAGAAAGGUACUUACGAAAGAAAUUAUAUCGUGAUGUCAUAAGUGUAAUGUUAAACUUUUCAAGUAAUAUUUCAGACCAGAGUAUGAUAAAAAGGUUCAAAAAAAAACUAUAUAAUAUCCAAGAGGAGACUAUUCGAGAUCUCACCAAUAUUUUACCAUCGACCGAAUUUGAAGCUCUUGAAGCUGAUUGUUGCAUAAUGAAAAGCCCAGUAUCUGGGUUCAAAAGAAUGCACUGGCUGAAAUAUUCGAAAAGGCACAAUGUUAUGUGGGGCAAAAACUAUUCCAAAGAGUUUAACGUUUCUGGUAAUUCUUUCGCACUGACGAGAAGUGGGGUUAGACGUAUGAAAUAUCCUGUAUAUAUUAAUUGGACCACAUAUGACUCAACAUUUAGGGCAUGGAACCAUUAUAACAUGUGA